AUGAGCAAUCAACAGUAUCAAAUAGAACUCGAAAAUGCCUAUUGUGAAUUUAGAAACGGCCUGAAAGAGAUGUCCAAGAAAGAGGACUAUUUAAAGGUGGUUACAAACGAACAAGUUGAAGCAACUUUAGCCUGGGAGAACGGAGAAUGGGUUUGGGAAGAACAACAAGGGGAAGGUGAAGAGGUAGAGUUAAAGAAACGCUUUCCUACUUGUGAGUCAGCGUUGCUAACAAUGUCGCCGUCAUUCCAGCGAUGGUUUCACAACCAGCUAGCAAGUCGGCUUUCAAGCUUAGCUCAAUAA